AUCGAUAAAAGAAGUAAUUGUGAUAAGAUAAAUAUACGAAAAAAACAAGACAAAACCCAAAUUUAAGUAGACAAGAACAUGUAAAUAGGGUUUUAAGAUGGCCAUUUAUCGUCCUCGAGGUACACUAGCCCGAGUCAUUCAUGCUAAAUUCCACAAUGACAACUCCUUGGACAACAUAGACACUCGAAGGUGGUACUCAUUGGCGCACUCACUACCUCCGAGGUUUCAGUCGAAAUUUGUGCCCCUCGAGCAACCGGACACCACCACAGUACACUGGCUGGAACGCACCAAAUUACUGUCGGCCAACAUAUGGAUGCAUUUAUGGCACGCGCUAGCCCGUUCAAUUCUGCAGUUUUUCAUGACUCAAACGGAUAUCAAUGGUUUUCUAAAGCGUGGCUCAAUGUUUAUUCUGUCAGAAGAUCAAUUCAAUAAGUUGCUUGUAGCAGGGGGCUUUUCCGCAUCAUCGGAGCCGGUUACGCUGUUGGAUAUCGGUGCCGGCGACGGCGAAAUAUCAUUACGAGUGGCAAACACUGUGGCCGAACUAAGUGGAAAUGCCGACCUUAGAGUUUUUGCGACUGAAGCUAGUUGGACAAUGCGAGAUAGACUGAAGAAACUUAAUUUUAAUGUGAUUACCGAGAUCGGAGGCUUGCAAAACAUGGAGCUGAUACUAUGCCUGAACGUACUAGAUAGAUGUUUUGACCCAUUCAAACUUUUGGAGGACAUUCGCAGUACACUCGCUCCUGGGGGUCGAGCUGUCAUAGCCCUAGUGCUUCCAUAUAUGCAUUAUGUUGAGACCAAUACUUCGCAUUUGCCAAUUCGUCCUUUACUAGAAAGCAGCAACAACGGACGCCAGGCUUCUUUCGAGGAAGAGGCCACCAAGUUUAUGGAGCUGUUGGAAAACUGUGGUUUCAAUGUAGAGUCCUGGACGAAAGCACCAUAUCUGUGCGAAGGAGACCUGCAUCAGUCAUUUUAUUGGCUCAUUGAUCUAAUUGUUGUUAUAUCGAAAAAGACCUCUAAGACCUAGACCAUAUAUAGGUCUCCAAAAAACUCUUUAAUCUCCAGUUAAACGCGAAGUACGGCCGCGAGUACAGUACGAAAAAUGAAGCUUUGAUUCCUAAUUCUUUAUAAAAUAAGUUAAAGGCCACGUUGCUACGCUAAGCAUUUAUACUUAAUACAUUUAUAGGCUAUCAAAUAGGUAUCAAAUUAUACUUCUGUAAUAAAUUACCAAAAAUGUAA